CUCAGAGAGCACUGCUGUCACGUCACUCGUCGCGAUGGCUGCCGUGUGGCGAGCUCGUAAAUUUGCCCGCAGUGUCUUCCGCUUCUCUGAUCGUGAUCUGUAAAACAUUCGCUGAAAGCUCGUCUUUUAACGCGACAUUAAAAGAGCUCGCAAAAUAAGCUGUUAUGGCUGAAAGCAACAAAAACACUGAUGGCACUGUUGAAGAAGGAGAGGGUGAGAAUACAGAGGAUUCUGAUCUGCAAAUGGAGCUCAGUGCUUUUCGGGCAAAGUGGAUGUCUGAGCUUCAGCCCAGCUCAGGUGGAAAGAAAAGUGUCUCCAAAUUUGCUGACCUGAAGAGGAAACAGGAAAUUGCUAGAGAGGGGAAGGCCCGAGAGCUGUUCCUAAAGGCUGUCGAGGAAGAACAGAAUGGAGCAGUUUAUGAAGCCAUCAAGUACUAUAAGAGUGCAAUGCAGCUGGUACCGGACAUUGAGUUUAAGAUCAACUACAGCAGAACUCCUGAUCCGGACCGCAGUGGCAGCUACUUGGAGGACAAUGAGAACGAUCGGGAGAUAGAUGAUCUACUGACGUACUUCCAGCAGCAGCUGACAUUGUGCGACGGCACCAUGAAGCUGUGUGAGCCUGCGACAGACUCGACUCAGUUGCACAUCUCGGCUUUGCCCUUCGAGGUGCUCAUGUAUAUCUUCCGUUGGGUCGUGUCAUGUGACCUGGACCUUCGAGCCUUAGAGCAGCUUUCCCUGGUUUGCAGGGGUUUUUAUAUCUGUGCUAGGGACCCUGAGAUUUGGCGGUCUGCCUGUUUGAGGGUGUGGGGGCGAAGCUGCACCAAAAUGCUGCCAUUUUCAUCCUGGAGAGAGAUGUUUUUGGAAAGGCCACGUGUACGCUUUGAUGGUGUUUACAUCAGUAAAACAUCAUACAUCCGUCAGGGGGAAGAGUCUCUUGAUGGCUUCUACAGGGCUUGGCACCAGGUGGAGUACUACAGGUACCUGCGCUUCUUCCCUGAUGGUCAGGUGAUGAUGUUGACCACACCCGAGGACCCUUUGAUCACUGUCCCAAGGCUGCGCAGCAAGAACUCCAGGAUGGAUUCCGUCAUGUUUGGCCAUUUUCGGCUGUCCCAGGAUACGGACAAUCAAACCAAAGUAUAUGUUGUUGUCUCCAAGAGAAAAGAAGAGCAGAAGGUGGCGGAGUACCAGAGGAGCCGGUUCUGCAGGCGGAACCCAGCACCCGAAGCAGAACGCACCUUCCAUGUAGGACUGCAGCUGUCCUCUGGGGGGCGUCAACGCUUUAACAAGCUGGUGUGGAUCCACCAUUCCUGCCACAUCACCUACAGAUCGACUGGAGAGACCAUUGUCACUGCAUUUGAUGUAGACAAAAUGUACACGCCUCUGUUUUUUGCACGAGUGAAGAGCUACACAGCCUUUUCAGAGCAUCCACUGUAGGACGACUCAAGCAAUGCAUGCAGUAACUCGACCCUUGACCCCUCAAGAUUUACACCUCACUGACACCUCCAUCUGCUCGCCCUACUGCUUCCAGCCCAGGCUCUUUCUUAUGAAUGUAAACGAAUGGUGUGACAUUUUUAGAUUCCUAGUCUUAACUGUACUCAAAGAAUUAUGCUUAGUUUUCACAAUAGUGCAAGAUCUGUCUCACUCUAAUUGUAAAGAUAAAGAUUCUCUCUCUCUCUCUAUAUAUAUAAGAUUGUAAGAAGUUUCAAAUGGACUGUGAUGAAUGUUCAGUUUGUUUUUGUGAAUUUCAGUGAGGGAAUAUGUCUGCUGACAACUGGAAUAUUUUGCUCUACUCAGAAAUAGAAGGGAAGGGUGUUAUAGACAGAUUUCAGCAGAUUUGUUAUAACAUCAUUUUCAGUUUAAGUUGAGCUUGUUUUCCUUGGUGGACCCUGUAGUUUAAAUGUCUUUAAAUCAAGCACCCUUCAGAAAUCAGGUCUAGAAUUUGAUGAAAAUGAUAUAUAUAAUCCAUCUAUAACAUGCGCAGAGAGUUGGGAACUGAUGGGGAUCCACUGAUAAACCUUUUUUAUUUUAUGUGAUUAUUUGUUGUAGUUUGCCAUGGUUAUGGAAAUCUGAAAUAUCAGGGAAGUUUACAUUUGUGAUUUCUAGGCCUGAAGAAGGUGUUUUUUACUUUCUUAGCUCUUAAGUAUUUCCUUGGGUAGAAACUGCUUUUUAUUUACAAUGAUUUUUGAAAAAAUAAAUAAAUCAUUAUCCAGGAAUCACAAAUGACUAUAAAAGUACUGGAAAUUCAUUUAUCAGUUUUACUGUAAUUUAUUAAAGUAGAAUUCAUUUAAAGCCAAUAAGAGAAACCUUUCAAUACUUAAAUCCUCGAUAUACCUGAAAUCAAAAAGACAAAUGAACAAACACUGACACCGGAUACAUUUCCAAAUAAAAAUCACUUUAUUGUUA